UUCUGGAAAUCCCAUCCUAGACCCCCCUUUUCUUUCUCUCGUCUCUCUAUCCUUCAAUUGCGCUUUCUCUUUCUCUCUCGUCAUCUCGUUCUCUCACAGCCUCUCUGUCAAAUUGGUCUUGUGCAUAGCGAUGGCAACACACUACCUUCGCGUCGUCGCUACCCUAGCUCUCUCAGAUACUCUCUCAAGCCGUACCCCGUGUUCUCUCAUAUAGGCAUUCACGCUAACACCCUUCCUGCCUACCAUUGCUUUCUCAGAUAGAAGAUGAUUGAUGGUGUGUGUGUUUGAUUUUUUUUAGUUAUUCUGAAAUCUAGUUUGGUAGUCUCUCAUGCGGUGUUCUUUCUUAGAAAGAGUUUAGGGGAUGGCGAAUGAUACUAAAUCUAGUCGCAAAGUUAAGGAUGAUGAAAACAGUAAUUCUAAAGGGGUUGCUGGCAAACCGUCAACUAGUUCAGGUGCUGAAACACCGAAUACAUCUGGUCUGAGAAGGUCAGUCAGAGAAACACCAUUAAAGAAAAGUACGAGUCCGAGUCCUCCAAGUACUCGAAAGUCUGAGCGACUUGAGAAGCGGACUCCAACUCCUUCUGUUAAUAGAAAUUCAGAGAGAGUUGAGAAGCACAGUACACCAAGUCCUCUGAGAAGGUCUGAGCGGGGUAAGCAGCAAUCCUCUUCUAGUUCUUCUGGAUCAAAGAAGUCAAAUAAAAGCUCGAGCUUAUCAGUUACGAAGAAAAAGCUAAAAAAGGAGAGGAGUGUGAAACAGUUGACACACGAAACUAUAGAAGUUAGCAAAAGCAAGGGACAGGUUAACAAAGUUGUUCAGGUAGGAAAAAAGAGAUUGGAUGCUCGUGCUUAUAGGGCAUUAUUCAAGCCGCAACAAAACAAAGUUAAUGUGGCAGGUGAUUGCAAAGAGCUGAAAAAGGAGGAUAAGUUAUCUCACGACCACAGUAGCAACCAUCAAGCUGUUGCUUACAAGAAUGUUGAUAGCCGCAACAAAUGCAGCCAAAUGAAGGUGCAGAAGCUGAAGGAAGUCUUUGGUGGGAGAGAUUUCGAAAGAACUUUGGAAGAAUCCAAUUGUAGUGUAAGCAAACCUGCCAAUGAGAUAUUGGAAAAUAAUAUUGGACUGGAGCCUUUCCACUUAAGCCAGAAUCAAAGGCUUGAGGGGGAAGCUCAUCAGUCAGAAGUUGGAGAUGCAAUGGAAGAAUCUAAGGGAGAUGAUUGUGCCCAGUAUUCUUGUCACAAAACGAUGUCCAGAAGGCUUGAUGACGUUGCUGAAAAGGCAAAUAAAGAGUUGCAACCUGAGUCAGUAAAUCAUAUGUUGAAUAACGAGCCAGCAGGUAGCGAAGUUGGAUUGGAGAGUGGUUACAAGGAUACACCUUUAAAAGGGAAAAGGAACACAGUUAACUUGGAUUCUCACAAUGCUGCAGUGGCUUCAAGCAAAGAUAUUUGCACCUCUGUUGCUGAUACAGUCAUUUCUUCUCCAGACGGAAAUGAUUUGGCAGAGACAUGUGCUACAUGUUUUAAGAGGCAAAGGGUCAGCCAUGAUUCAAAACAGCAAGACCUUUGUUCUUGUAAUGCAAAUUUAGACCAGGAUACCCGUGGUAUCUCUUUUGCAGAGGUUGAUUUUUAUUCCUACCCUCUCUUUCUAUGUAUUAGAAGGGGAAUUGGACUCGGUGUUACCACAGGACAUGCUGAACAAUGCGUUACCGAUUUGAAAUAUAAAGAGUCUGCCGUCGAUUUUCAACCAGAUGGCAAUCAAAAUGCAUGUCUCAUUUGCAAGCUUGGUGGAACGAUAUUGUGUUGUGAGGGAAGGGGGUGUAAAAGAAGCUACCAUCUUUCUUGUCUAAAUCCUCCUUUGAAAGCUGUUCCUCUUGAAGUUUGGUAUUGUCUUGCUUGUGUAAGGAAGAAGAUAAAAUCAGGCGUACAUUCUGUUUCAGAGGGAGUAGAAUCAAUAUGGGAUUAUAAGGAAGUGGAGGAAUCAGAUGGAAAUGGAUUGCCAAAGAAGCAAUUUUUUGUUAAAUACAAAGGUAUUGCUCAUGUUCACAAUCGUUGGGUACCAGAAUGCCAACUGCUUCUUGAAGCUCCUUCACUUGUUUCAAAAUUCAUCCGAAAAAAACAGGUCACAAAAUGGAAGCAGGAGUGGACUGAGCCACGUCGUUUGCUACAAAAACGAUCGGUAGUCUCUUCCAGGCAACAUGAUGAGACUUACAAGGGACAUGCUAAUGAUAUUUCAGAUUGUCAUAAUGAGUGGCUUGUAAAAUGGCGUGGUCUUGAUUAUGAGUUUGCAACAUGGGAGUUGGAAGAUGCUUCUUUUAUGAGUUUGCCAAAAAUUCAGAGCCUAAUGAGAGAUUAUGAAAAACUCCAUGAGAAGGCAAAGAGACGCCGUUUGUCUGGAAUAGAUAAGAAACUCGAGAUAAAAAAAGGUUCAUCAAUCAAAUCAUUGCAGUUGUCAGCUGGAGAUUUGACUGGGUUUGAUAAUAAUCAUCUGGACAUUGUCAACAAUCUUCGUGAACAUUGCAACAAGUGGCAGAAUGGUGUUAUUAUUGAUGAUCAGUUUUUAUGUCUGCAGGAUCGAAUAAUGAAAGUGGUUUCGUUUAUUUCAUCCUUUUCAUCCAAUAUCUUUUGGCCUUUUAUGAUCAUCACAACUUCUACUGCACUGCACUUGUGGGAUGAAGAGUUCUUUCGAUUGGCUCCAUCUGUUGAUUCUGUGGUUUACCAUGGAAACAAAGAUGUGCGAAGAAGUAUUAGGGCAGUGGAGUUUUAUGAAGAAGGAGGGGGCAUAAUGUUUGAGGUUCUUAUAACAUCUCCAGAAGUUAUUGCAGAGGAUCUAAAUGUGCUUAAAUUGAUAAAAUGGGGAGCAAUAGUAGUUGAUGAGUGCCAACGCUCUAGAAUAUUUUCACAUUUUGAACAAAUUAAAAGCUUAAGCGCUGAUAUGAGGCUUCUCCUUGUCAAUGGUCAACUUAAGGACAGUGUCAUCGAGCAUUUGCUGUCUCUGCUUGAUUGUCAAAGUGAUGCAAAUUGCAGUGAAGGUUUGGUAACUAAUUCCAACCUUAAGGUUGGUAAUUUGAAGGAGAGGUUGUCAAAGUAUAUUGUCAAUGUUUCCAAGUCUGACUCUUUGAGAUUUGUAGAGUAUUGGGUUCCUGUACAGAUAUCCAAUGUACAACUUGAGCAGUAUUGUGAUGCUCUAAUUUCAAAGAAAUUGUCACUUUUUUCAUCCUCAAAGAAUGAUCCUGUUGGGUCACUUCGUGAUAUUCUUAUCUCUACUCGGAAGUGCUGUGAUCAUCCCUACAUCAUGGAUCCACCGCUGCAAACUUCAUUGACAAAAGAUGGUACAGUUUCUGACAUUUUAGAUGUUGGAAUUAAAGCGAGUGGCAAGUUACAACUUCUUGAUGCAAUGCUUUUUGAGAUAAGAAAUAGAAGUUUAAAAGUGCUUAUUCUUUUCCAGUCUAGUGGUGGUUCUGGGAAGGAUAAUAUUGGAGAUAUUUUGGAGGACUUUGUGCGUCAAAGGUUUGGUCAGGAUUGUUAUGAACGUGUUGAUGGAUUGGUUUCACCUACAAGGAAGCAAGCUGCUCUAAACAACUUCAAUAACCAGAAAGGGAGAUUCGUGUUUUUAUUAGAAAACCGUGCUUGUUUUCCCAGCAUCAAACUGUCAUCAGUUGAUACUGUUAUCAUAUUUGGUAGUGAUUGGAGCCCACCAAAUGAUUUAAGGAACUUGCAAAGGAUAACGCUUGAUACACAGUUUGAGCAGUUAAAAAUAUUUCGCCUAUAUUCCUGUUUUACUGUGGAAGAGAAUGUUCUGAUCCUUGCAAAGGAAGAUAAGACUCUUGACAGUAAUUUGCAGGGCAUAAGCCGGGCCACUAGUCAGAAUCUGCUUAUGUGGGGAGUUUCACAUCUAUUCAGUAAAUUGGAUGAAUUUCACAGUGGUUGUAGUACCCCCGUCAUCAGUGGAAGUCCCUUGUUUGAGCAGUUGCUUAUCAAAGACAUUAUCCAGGAGUUCUUGACCAUACUUUCUCAGAAUGCCAAAGAAAAAAAUACAAGCAAUUCAUCUAUGGUUUUGAAAGUUAAACAAAAUCAAGGACGUUAUAGUACUGAUUUUCCAUUGCCUGGAGAACAGAAAAUUCAAUCUAGGGAUGAAGAGCUACCCCACAUAUUCUGGAAAAAACUGUUUGAGGGAAAACAACCACAAUGGAAAUAUAUUUCUAGUUCUUCUCAAAGGAACCGAAAAAGGUCUCAAAAUGUUGAUGAUUUAUCCAGGAAACCAGAAGGUGAGGUCAAUGAAGUUGUGAAGAAGCGCAAAAAAGUGGCCAACAUUGAUGUUGAUCCAUCCUCUCUCAAACCUUCUGUAUUUGAAGGGAUUUUGGGAGCUCCAUCACAAAAUAUGCGUCAAUUGUUGUCUGGCUCAACUGUUCGUCUUAAUAAGAGUCAUGCAAACCAUUCUUCCACCGCCCCAAGUUUGGCUAAUAAUUUGUCAGAAGUAUCAGCAGUUAACCUGGCAAAGCUUGAUGAAAGAAUUAUUUCGAAUGAUUCGCAGAAGAGUUUGCAAAAGAACCUCCACCUUCUUUUGAAGCCGGAGAUAGCAAAACUUUGUGAAAUUCUACAACUCCCAGAAGAUGUCAAGGCUAUGGUUCAUAGUUUCCUUGAAUAUGUAAUCAAUAAUCAUCAUGUUAGCAGAGAACCAGAAACCAUUCUGCAGGCAUUUCAGAUAUCCCUGUGCUGGACUGCAGCUUCUAUGCUAAGGCACAAACUUGAUCACAAAGGAUCGCUUGUGCUUGCAAAACAGCAUUUAAAUUUCAGCUGCAAGAAAGAAGAAGCAGAUUAUGUGUAUUCAAUGCUGCGGUGUUUGAAGAAAAUGUUUUUAUAUCAUAAAGGGAAUUUUACGCUAGACUGCUCUGCUAAAACAUCUGAAUCAUUAACUAACCUUCUUAACAAGGAUUGUUCACAUGCAAUGUCUUCACAGCCAACACCAUCUACCCUGCAAAAGAUGAAAGUAGGGUUUGGAGAUCUGUUGCAUAGUCAAGAAUUCUUUGAUGAUCAGGUACUUUCCCAACUUGGAUUGGCAUUGCAAGAUUUUUCGAGAAGUAUCAAAGAUAUUGAGAAAAAAUGUGAUAAACAGUUGAUGAAGCUCUUAAUGAAGCAAAAGGAAGAAAUGGAGGAACUUGACAGAAAGUACAAGGAAGAGAAGGCACAGCUUGAGAAUUCUAAAAAAGCGGAUGCAGCUGUUAUUCGAUUUCUUAAUAUUAGUUCAACAAGAACAGAUCAACUUAAGUUACUGGACAUUGAAUAUGAAAAGAAGUUUGAAGAACUUGAGUGUGAGACGGAGAAAUGCCGUAAAAAUCUUGAGAAAAUUCAGGUGGCUGCAAGGGAGAAGAUGGAUGAGAGAAAAGCUUGUUGGGUGGAUGGAGUGAAAUCCUGGGCAAAGGUGGAAUUAAUAGAUAAGCCACCUUUAAAUGAAACUGGACAUAAUCAAGAAAAUGAUGUCUCUUUGAAUUCUCAUUUGAAAGAACAGAAUCCUGAAGGAAACCAGAGCAUGCAAGAUGGGGUGGUUCUGCUGGAAGUUCCUGAAACUGUUAGUUCAAGUGAUGAGGAGGAUAUACGCUCUGGGGAACUGUAUAGAAAUGAGCAGAUUCCUUGUACAGUUAAUUCAGACAUGCUUGAUGGAGAGGCUCCAUUGAGAGCUUCCAGGGCUAUAUGCAUGAGGGAUGGAUCAGAAAAUGUUGAACGUGUAAAUUUAUCUUCAUGUGGAGAACAAAUGCUAGCUUCUAAUGGAGCUAAAUUAAAUUUGUCUUCUAGAAAGCUUCCAGUGGAAGUGCUUGAGAAUGUCAGUUCCACUGGCAGCCUGGAGAACAUGGGAGUGCCUGAAAUUGCUUGUAAUGUGACCAUUGAUGAUGGCAACUCCAUCAUUAGAGAGAAAGUUGAAGUUCACGCUGUGCCUUCUGAUAUGACUGCUGUAAGCCAGCAAAACAGAAAAGUUUCAUCUGGAGUGCCAGAAAAUGCUUCAAAUAAAUUAGUGGGUGAUAAAACUGGUAAGCAGCAGGAUGGGAAGGUUGUCAUGGGUAAGACUACCUGCAAUCAAAAUUCUGAUUUUUCAGAUAAAGUCGCUGGAGUUAGCCAACAGGAUGGGGAGGCUCCAUCAGUAGUUCCUGAAACUUCUCUAGGUGAAGCCGUCGAGGCUGGUGAAACUGGUAAACAGCAGGAUGGAAAGGUUCUAGCUAAUGAGACUGUUGAUAAUCAAGACUCUCAAUCACUGGAUGAAACUGCUGGAGCUAAUCGGCAGGAUCUGGAGCUUCCAUCCGGAGUUAUUGAAAAUGCCACUGGUGAAGCAGUUGAGGGAGCAAGUACUGGUAGAGGGAAUAAUGGUGUUUGUUUCAUGGCCUCAUCCUCUAGUACCAGAGUUGAUCUGGAGGAUGGAAUGAUUUCAUCACAGUUGUUGGAAAAUGUUCCUAAAGUAGUGGAGGGUGGUAGCAGUGGUAGAGAGGUUGUUGGAGUGGUUCCUGUCAUUAAUGAAGACCAUCAUCCCCAAGAACCGCAUUUGGUAAAUUCACUUCCUAUCCAGCCUGAACCUGCCUUGGCUCAAGAUGUUCCAGUGCCAUUGAAUCAGGCACUUCAAGAAGAAUCUUCUAUUCCAACAGUAUCCACUGGAUUGCAAGAUGGAGUUGCAUCCACAAGUGGAAGUCAUAAUUCUUUGCAACAAGUUGAGACUUCAGUACCCAAUCCAGAUGAUGUAGUUUCAAAUCAAACUAAUGGCGACACACCAAUUGUUGAGAAUUUGCAGGAAAUGCUGUUGUCACCAUCCAGAGAUUCCGCUUUUAGUCUUGAUGCCAUGGAUUUUCCUUCAGUUAGUGGGAUUGAACAUCAGCCAGGCAGUGAACCUCAUAUAACUGGCAACAUCACUGAUUCUUCAACACAAAUAGUAGUGGACCAGGUGGAACGCUCAAAUGAAGCUGUUUUGGAGCCAUUAACGCACCUUGCACAACAUCUGUCCAGUGAAAUUCCUCUUGGUGGAUCUGGGAUGCAUGUUUCAGACACAAGGAUUGCACCCAUUUCUUCUGGAGUUAAUAAUCGUACUGCACAGACUAUACCCCCUGUCCGAGUGCCCCCUCUACCUUUGUAUCAUGAUCCACUUCAAAAAGAACUAGAGAGAAUUUGCAAAGAAACAGACCUGAUUAUCAAUGCUCACAAGGACACAAAGCUGCGCCUGAAAUCUGACUGUGAAAAGGAGAUAGAGGAAGUUAUUGCUCAAAUUCAUAGAAAGUAUGAGAUUAAACUUCAGGAGAUAGAAUCUGAAUUCUUCCUUAAGAAAAAAGAACUGGAUACAAUUCAUAACAAAGUUCUUAUGAACAAGAUCUUGGCUGAGGCAUUCAGAUCUAAAUGUAUGGAUAAUAGGUCACCUAUUGCAGCUGGUAUGCAGCGAGAUGUGGCCUCAAGUUUCAUGCAACAGCUGCUUCAGCUAUCAUCGCAGCAAACUGCACAGAGGAAUGCCAGCUUUACUGGUCUGUCUUCAGCUGUUCCGCCUACAGGUGGCCCACAGAUUGCUGCUUCCAGUUCACACAGCGCAUCUCCAUCUCUGCAGGUGGUUGAUCAUUCCUCGGCACUUUUCACAGGUGCCCUAACUAGAACACCUCUAAUUAGCUCCAUCUCCCCUGCCACUGGUAAUCUCCAAAUUGGCAGCGAAAUUCGAGCUCCUGCCCCCCACCUACAACCUUUCAGAUCUUCAGCAUCGACAGUUGCAACAAGUCGUCCCUCUCUUUCAGUUGGGAUGCCUAGUCAACUUAUGCCCAAUCAUCCCCCUACAGCCUCUGCAGUGCCAUCCCAGCUUCCAUUGCAACCACAGCCAUCUGCACAGCAAUCUCAUCAUCCUAUUUUUACAGAGAGACCUGAAACUGCAGGAACUUUGCCAGCACUUUCUAGUUCAUCUCUAUCUGUACUUGAGUUGCUUAUGGAUGUGGAUAAUCAAACAAGUACAAACUCACCCUAUGCUUUGCACCCGCUAACAAAUUUGGGUUCCAGCUCAGACACCUUGGUCCCACCUGAGCUUAGAGUGCCAAAUAAUACAAGUACAAAUGUAACAUGUCCAACAACUGAGGUUGUUUGUCUGUCAGAUGAUGAUUGACAUUUAGUGAUGUAUUUUACGCCUUAGAUUUUAUACUGAUCAUGGGGAUCCUUUGAGCUUCAGUUUCUGAAGCCCAUUUUUUGAGUUCUGCGCUUUCUUGCGUUUAGAGGGAGUUCCCUGGAUGUACUGACCUGUGCAGAAUUUCUAACUGUUCAGUUCUCGUUAUGUUCAUUUUUUCUUAAACGUAA